ACCCUGUGGUGUGGAUGCCUUAAAAAAAAUCAACUUUAUUGUUCCUCAGCCCCACCUCCCGGCGCGGCGCGCGUCCUCAGGAUGCACUGAGACUGAGGGAGGGGAGGCGGCGGCGGCGGGUCGUGGUCUGGGUCCCUCUCCUCCGAGCGCCCUGCCGGAGGGGAGGGAGUCACGAUGUCAGGUAGCCGCCCGGCCGGAUCGGGCUCCGCUGGGACGAGCCCUGGCUCCUCCGCGGCCUCCUCGGUGACUUCCGCCUCCUCGUCCUUGUCGUCUUCCCCGUCGCCCCCUUCCGUGGCGGCUUCGGCGGCGGCGCUGGUGUCCGGCGGAGCGGCCCAGGCCGCAGGCUCGGGCGGCCUCGGGGGCCCGGUGCGGCCUGUGUUGGUGGCGGCCGCAGCGUCGGGCAGCAGCGGCGGGGCGGUGUCGGUUGGCCUGUCCCGGCUCAGCUGCGCGGCCAGGCCCAGCCCUGGCAUAGGUGGGAGCAGCUCUAGCCUCGGCAGCGGCAGCAGGAAACGACCUCUGCCCACCCCGCUCUGCAACGGGCUUAUCAACUCCUAUGAAGACAAAAGCAACGACUUCGUAUGCCCCAUCUGCUUCGAUAUGAUUGAAGAAGCAUACAUGACGAAAUGUGGCCACAGCUUUUGCUACAAGUGUAUUCAUCAAAGUUUGGAGGACAAUAAUAGAUGUCCCAAGUGUAACUAUGUUGUGGACAAUAUUGACCAUCUGUAUCCUAAUUUCUUGGUGAAUGAGCUCAUUCUCAAACAGAAGCAAAGAUUUGAGGAAAAGAGGUUCAAAUUGGACCACUCAGUGAGUAGCACCAAUGGCCACAGAUGGCAAAUAUUUCAGGAUUUCUUGGGAACUGACCAAGAUAAUCUUGAUUUGGCUAAUGUCAACUUCAUGCUGGAGUUACUAGUGCAGAAGAAGAAACAACUGGAAGCAGAAUCACAUGCAGCCCAACUACAGAUCCUUAUGGAAUUCCUCAAGGUUGCAAGAAGAAAUAAGAGAGAGCAACUGGAACAGAUCCAGAAGGAGUUAAGUGUUCUGGAAGAGGAUAUUAAAAGAGUGGAAGAAAUGAGCGGUUUAUACUCUCCUGUCAGUGAGGAUAGCACAGUGCCUCAAUUUGAAGCUCCCUCUCCAUCACACAGUAGCAUUAUUGAUUCCACAGAAUACAGCCAACCUCCAGGCUUCAGUGGCAGUUCUCAGACAAAGAAACAGCCUUGGUAUAACAGCACAUUAGCAUCAAGACGAAAACGACUCACUGCUCAUUUUGAAGACUUAGAGCAGUGCUACUUUUCUACAAGGAUGUCUCGUAUCUCAGAUGAUAGUCGAACUGCAAGCCAGUUGGAUGAAUUUCAGGAAUGCUUGUCCAGGUUUACUCGAUAUAAUUCAGUACGACCUUUGGCCACAUUGUCAUAUGCUAGUGAUCUUUAUAAUGGUUCCAGCAUUGUGUCUAGUAUUGAAUUUGACCGGGAUUGUGACUAUUUUGCCAUUGCUGGGGUUACAAAGAAGAUUAAAGUGUAUGAAUAUGGCACAGUCAUCCAGGAUGCAGUGGAUAUUCAUUACCCUGAGAAUGAAAUGACCUGCAAUUCCAAAAUCAGCUGUAUCAGUUGGAGUAGUUAUCAUAAGAACUUGUUAGCUAGCAGUGAUUAUGAAGGCACUGUCAUCCUAUGGGAUGGAUUCACAGGGCAGAGGUCAAAGGUCUAUCAGGAGCAUGAGAAGAGAUGUUGGAGUGUUGACUUUAAUUUAAUGGAUCCUAAACUCUUGGCUUCAGGUUCUGAUGAUGCAAAAGGUUACUGUAUUAGCCUUCAUAAAAAGAUCGAAAGAUUAACUGUGCCUCUAAGGGGAAGUGCAGUCCAAACCAAUUCAGUUCUGUUCUACUUCUGUUCUGACACCAACUGCGAAUGUACUUCUUCCUUGCAUCCUAACCACCAGAGCUAGGUCAGACCUUACUAGUUAAAGGGCACGGUCCUCCAGAAUGUCAAGUCUGCCCAAGACUUUAGUCACCAGCCUCAAGCUUGGACGUCCCCACGGCACCUUCACUUCCGAUUUGCUGGCUACAAAUUUGAGAGUUCCACCUCCUCUUUCAGGAUACUAGCUGCAAGCUUGGGAAUCCCCAGGAAGGCCGCCUUCACUUCUGACCUGUUGACUCCCACUAUUCCCUCGUGUUCGAUAAUUCGCUAGAACUACUAACAGCACUCAGGAGAGUGCUAUAUUUACAAUUACACUUUUAUUAUAUAUAACAAAAUGGAUAUAAAUGAAGAGACACAUAGGAUGAGGUCUGGGAGGUUUCCCAGCAAGGAGCUUUUGCGUCCCAUAAAAGGAUGCACUGCCUUCCCCCAUGUUUCAUUAUUUGUCACUAACUAGGAAACCCAUGGAGAUUCAAUGUCCAGAGCUUUUAUGGGAGUUCCAUUACUUUGGGGAAAGUGUAUGAUAGUUGCUUUGGUACCUUGAGUAUGGGAAGAGAGGGUAUGAUAGUUGCUGUAGUACCUUUGUUACACAGUGACUUACCUUUUUACUUCCAGUUUCAAGUCAUACCUGCUUUUUGUAUCAUUCAGCUGUCUUCUCCGUAAUCAUUACAAAUCUUAGUAUAUACCACUGGAGAUAGACUAAAUAUCAAAUGUAAAAACAAAAUUUUAAAUUUAGCUAAAUGGUUUUAAAAUCUGUUUACUUUAGGCUUAGUUACAUCACACAACUAAAUUCCUACAUAAAAUUUUAAAAUCAUGAAAUUCUUAAAAGAUGAAAUGAGAACUGCUCCCAGGUGCUUUAAAAGAUGAUUUUAUUCUGAUACAUACCAAACAUAUAAAAGUGUGUCUGUGUGUGUAUAACAUAUGUGUGCUGUUUAAAGAAUACUGAAAAGAAUACACAUGUACCCACCACUUGGCUCUAGAUAGCUUUCCUGCCCCCUUCCUUGAUCCUAUGGUUGUGGGACCAUGUUACCUGUCAGUAUGCAUCCAUUGUUUAUCCAUGCUGGUUUUCUGACAAUGAAUCUAAACUGUCUAGGUUUCAGUAAGCUAUUCUGUUAUUUAAUCCUUCAGUUUAAACAUUUUUGGUCCUAGUAAAACAAAAUAUUUUAGAUUUGUACAAUAAGAUAACUGGAACAAUAAGCAAACUUUCCAAGUUACAGAAGCAUUUGCUAAUAUUAUAUUUCUUUUCAUUUUUAUUG